AUGUCUACGGCUAAGCAAAUUUGGGAGCAUCUCAAGCAUAUACAUUCUGGAACUGGAAAUGGCACCCAAAUCUAUGGGAUGUGUAAACUAUACUUUGGGCUUGAGAAGGGAUCAUCCAGCUUUGUUGAAUAUUAUAAUAAGCUUUUGGCUGUCUGUCAGAAGAGAAAUGUGCAUCCAGUCCCUUCUGUCAGCUCGCCGUCUCCAGAUCCUGCUCCAGUCAUAUGUUCUAACCCUGGGUCAUUGCCCAUUGCUCUUCGUAAAGAUUUAGAUAACAAUGCCAAGUUGCUGAACUUCUCGGGAUGUGGAAAUACAUUGAAUUGUAACCAUCCUGUGGUUAUGGAACUAAUACUUGACAGCUUGAGGCACUGGGUUCUUGAAUAUCACGUGGAUGGGUUUCGCUUUGAUCUUGCCAGUGUUCUUUGUCGAGGAACUGAUGGUUCUCCUCUCAGCGCUCCCCCAUUGAUUAGGGCAAUUGCCAAAGAUAGUAUCUUAUCCAGGUGUAAACUCAUUUCAGAACCUUGGGAUUGUGGAGGUCUUUAUCUUGUUGGAAGAUUUCCAAACUGGGAUCGGUGGGCUGAGUGGAACGGGAAGUACCGUGAUGAUGUUAGAAGAUUUAUAAAGGGUGACCAUGGCAUGAAAGGGAGCUUUGCAACUCGGUUCACUGGUUCUGCAGAUCUUUACAGGGUGAACAAGCGCAAGCCCUACCAUAGUGUCAAUUUUGUUAUUGCACAUGAUGGGUUUACUCUCUACGACCUUGUGUCCUACAAUAAUAAGCACAAUAAUGCCAAUGGAGAGGGUGGCAAUGAUGGAAGCAAUGACAAUUUUAGCUGGAAUUGUGGGUUUGAAGGUGAAACAGAAGAUACCAAUAUUAAGGCACUGCGUUCUCGGCAGAUGAAGAACUUUCAUUUAGCACUGAUGACAUCCCAGGGUACACCAAUGAUGCUUAUGGGGGAUGAAUAUGCGCAUACUCGUUAUGGAAAUAAUAACAGCUAUGGCCAUGAUACUGCUAUUAAUCAUUUCCAGUGGGAUCGACUGGAAUCCAAGAAGAACGACCACUUCAGGUUUUUCUCAGAGGUGAUAAAGUUUCGCAACACUCGUGACGUCUUCAGGCGAGAAAAUUUUAUUGGCAAGAAGGAAGUAACGUGGCAUGAGGACAACUGGGAAAACCAUGAGAGUAAAUUCCUUGCAUUUACGAUUCAUGAUGAAAAUGGAGGAGACAUUUACUUGGCAUUCAAUGCACAUGAUUUUUUCAUUAGAGCUAUAAUACCGUCUCCACCACAAAGCAAACGCUGGUUUCGAGUGGUGGACACCAAUCUCGAGUCUCCCAAUGAUUUUGUUUGUGAAGGUGUUGCUGGCAUUCAGGACUCGUAUAAUAUUGCUCCUUAUUCGUCAAUUCUUCUCGAAGCCAAGUAG